UUACCAUACACAUGACCUUUACAAGAUGGACAUGAGCGCCUAUUUAGCUGUCUAUGCGUGCGACGGAAAAAAGUCGAAGAUAUAUGUGCGUGUCGUUCGUGAAUGUUGACGUGGGCGGGAGGUACCACGGAAUCGGGUGAUCUUUAACUUGGCUAUACGGAAAAAUAGUCAAGCCACAGGUUCGUGAACGCAAAGUGACGCGGUUAUUUGUCGCUCGCUCGCACGCGGGCGGUAGGGGGCAGAGAGGGAUGGUGGGUACGAAAGGAGACCCAAAUUUUUCACCUCGAGCAGAUGUGAUUACCGUGAACGGAUUUCGCGUGUUGUGCUCGUUCGGGAGUUCGCGUUCAAGACGAGGCGUACACGUUGCCGUGAUGUUGUUAACAGCACCGUGAACUCCGUACGUGUGUUUCCGCGAAGUGCUCGAUAUACAAGGGGUGUGGGAAGAAUAGUGCGUGUACCUCGCAUCGACCUGGAAUGCCAUCGUGUUUUGAUGUGCUUACUUAUUGCGCAUGAGAAAAAGAAAACCAUUCUGCCCUUGACAAUAGCCUAUUUAUCCGAGACAGGCCGCCUUUACAUCGCGCCAACCGACGAUAACAGGGGUUCAACCACCCACCUGCGUCCUGUGUACGUAUAUACGCGCCAACCAUUGUGGACGACCACGCAGUAAAUCGUGUUAUUCGACGCGAUAAACAGGUGUACGAGCCUCGUAGCCCAGAAAAACAAUUCUCGGAGGUUUUAAGCGGUUCUCUGAUAAAGACGUUCCAAGUGAAAAAAAAAAAACGUGAAACGCUGUAAACGGUGGUGAAUAUUUUUGAGCUUAGACUUAGACUGCGCGCAGCCCGUCCUGGGUAAUAUACCAGAGCCCACAAAUCGCGGUGGGCGAAAUUAGGCGAAAACGCGUGACAGGUGGAACCCAGAGCUAGAGCUACGCGAGAAUCGCCAUCGCGGAAAGCUGAGCAGGUACACGGAUUCCAGGUUUUUCCGAGAAAUCUGCCCUGCGAACAAGUUUUCGGGUCUCCGCGUCGUGGGAUUAGCCGUUUUUUUUUUAAUUCGAUAACCUCGGAAAAACGUGGUCAGUCGAUAAUACACCUUUGUCCGUGGUGCGUCGGGCAGUAUGCAACGCCCUUAGUACACGUUGAGUACACAUGCACCGUGGUGGCGUGUUAUUGCUUAUUUACCCCCGACACGUGCUUCCAUCGUUAGCGUGCUUCGGGUACAACGAUAUCGACGACGACCUUUCCGCGAUAAAAGCAGCACGGUGGACACGUUGCGCGGAGAAAAACAAUACAACACGAUUACGCGAGUUUUGAGAAAACGUUAUUUUUUUUCUUUUUUCGAAAACAUGUGCGCGAAAGCAGUGAAACGUGGUCACGCGUACACGGAUUCCACGAUCGUAUUUCUCAAGUAAUAAUUGAGAACGGAAGUGUAGUACGAGCUCCUUACGGCAACGUGGGUGGGAUUACGCAUUCUGUCUACGAUGAACUAUCGGAAUAGCAUGUUUUGGUACAAGAUGCACGCGACCAAUUAUCCACGAUUGCUUCGUACCAUAUAAAUAAUACGGAUAGAAAGGUGUGAUUAAGAGGUCUCGUAAGAUUCAUCGCAACGACGGCCUUUUUGAUCGUCACCGCGGCGAUGUCUUCGGGCAGGGGUUUAGUCUCCCCUUCAGGAGGUCCCGUUGUUCGCUGCGGCCAUGUAAAGAAAUUGAAGACCCAAAAGAAGAAAUACUUCGUGUUGCGCGGCGAGGCGCCAGGAUACCCCGCCUGUCUCGAAUACUACGAUGGCAAAAAGAAGUUCGACAAUAGGCAGCCGCCGAAGCGUAGGAUCAUACUAAACAGCUGCUUCAAUAUCAAUAAACGCGAGGACACUAAACACAAGCACGUUAUCGCGUUGUAUACGAAAGACGAAUGCUUCUGUUUGAUUCUCGAGAGCGAAAAAGAACUGGACGAAUGGCUGAAGGCGAUGCUUUUACUUCAGACCGGAGAUGUGGCCGAUGGAGAACAACCUCGGCCUAUAUUUGAACAUGUAUGGCAAGUUACAAUGCAGAAAAAAGGACUAGGCGAACGAAAAAAUAUUUUUGGUCCCUAUAGGCUAUGUUUAACUGAUCGAACAUUAAGUCUGGUGAAAAUUGGAGCAAAGGAUAAUUCGGAUUCUAUUGAAUUUCCUUUAAAUUGCAUAAGACGAUGCGGACAUAUGGGUCGUAUCUUCUAUAUGGAAGUAGGUCGUUCAGCGAUCACUGGUGGUGGAGAAUUGUGGAUGGAAGCUGAAGAUAGCAACAUUACAAGCAAUAUGCAUGCCGCUAUCAUGAAUGCUAUGAGUAAUUCUAGCAGUAGUAAAGACGAUGUGGAACCACGACAAAGAAUGCGUAGCUGUUCUGCGACAGAGGCCAGCAAGCCAAUCUUUGUUCUACCACGUCGACAUGCUGGACAAAAAUUCCAUAAUUUUUCACCUUUGGAGGAACACAGGACGCACAAGGAGCAGGUGGACCCACUGCAGGAACAGGAGCAGUCUAAUCAGACUCAGAGUACCUCUUCUUGCAAUACAGUCACGGGUCCAAACGGACGCGACAGAUGUGACAGCUUACCCUCGAGGGCUCGUACCACCAGCGAGAGUCACCCUACAUCGAUACUGAGCCAUCCUCGGACUCAUUUCGUGUCUCACAUCCUGAGACCGCAUUCUAUGUACGCGAGAGGCCUUUCCUAUUCGCCGCCGAUCGGCUCGAUGCCUCUCAGUCCCGCUUCCGGAGCUUAUUCCACUGAUUCCGCGGGCUCGUCCCUCUCGAUGGACGAUGGUGGCGAAAGUGUAUUAGAGGAGGGCACGGUAUCCCGAUAUGGACAUUCUUUGACGCCCGACGAGCCUGUCAUUUUGGAGGAGAAUGGCGACGAUUAUGCUCCGUGGACUAUGUCGCACUCGCAUUACAAAUAUUCGCCAAAUUUCAAGUCACAUUCUCCUUCCCAGCAGAGUUCCUAUAUGGAUAUGUACAGUCCUUGUGAUUCGAGUCCUGGCCGCGGCGGUGGAGCCUACAUGCCGAUGAAUGUAGGGACAGGGCAUUCGCACUCGCGGGCGUCAUCUCUUAUCGAAGAAACUAAUACUUUACCAGAGGGUUACGUACCUAUGGCACCUGUUGGAAACAACGGUUACGUUGAUAUGGAUCCUUCGCAUAGUCACAAUGGCCAUUUUUCCGAUGAUACGUCUCAGCACGGUGGGAGUAGCUGUUCCGUUACGUCUGGUACACCUAGUACAGACUUACGGUUCUCCGAAUAUCAUUUGGAUAAAGUAAUCAGCUUCCUACCGCCAGGUGAUGAUUUACAAGCUAGACCAGCGAGAGCCUAUUCCAUUGGAUCUCGGCCAGAACCCGUGAAUAGGCAUCGUAAGAAUAGGUUGGACAUUACUCAACAGGAAGCCAGCAGAGUACGAGCUUUCUCUGUAGGCAGUAGGUCUAAAAGACCUGAGAUUGGGAGGUUAGCCAAUGUAAUCACUGCACCAUUGCCCGUUGGUUGCGAGAAUUCGAGUUCUACCAAAUCCAACUCGGCGCCAUUGCUGUCUAGUUCUUGGGGGCACAACUCCGGUUGUUCCAUUGCCUCUGAACGCAUGGAAGAUCUAAUGGAAUUGGAUUUCACAAAACCCAGUAUUUCUACAACACUUCAUUCAUCGCCUUCGUCUUAUUCGCAGUCACACUCUCAAUCGCAUUCAUACUCUACUGCCACCGACACCAGUUCCUAUGUUGAUAUGUCUCCUGGACAACCGCCAUCGUCGACCACUGCCCCGUACGUCGAUAUGAGUCGCAUUAAUAAGAUCAAUCGUAAUAACAAUAAUAAUACAAUCACUGCCAAUCAGAACCAUAGUCAUGUACAUGUAACGUCUUCUGCUUCCACACAUAAACCCGAGUUUACUACUUUGAAGCCAGUGGAAGAGGCAGAAGGCCCAUACAUGAGAAUGCGUGGUGUAAUGGAGGAUUGGUCCCACUCCGAUACGAGUCCAAAGCUAAUUUCGUCGCCUAUGCAAGAAGAAUGCGUCCAAUCUAACGGGCCACCAGGGGUUACGAGAACGGCACCGGUUGAUCUUCCACGACGUCCACCCUUCGAUUACGUCGAGAUGAACUUUAAAUCGAGAACAAACUUAGAACAAGACUACAUAAACAUGAAUAUGAGUAAUCGAAGUAACCGUAAACCAACGCGAACGGGUAGUAGGAAGGAGAAGUUGCGUUCCCAACCGAUCGCGAUCCAAGCCGGUAACAAGCCUGUAAAAGCGCCUAGCUUCCUACCCCUAAACGGAAGUCCCGAAUCAGAGAGCUUGUCGAGUACUCCUGCCUCGCCUCCGCGAGCAACUCCGACGGGUUCCUCGGCGACUAUCUUCCCCUUCUCCUUAAAUAGUCCUCAGUCGCCCGAGAAAUCCUUCAUUCAUCAAAAGAAUAACGACGAAUCGGCAGAGUUAAGUGUUACUUCCAAGAUUAACGACUGUUCGAUCGUAGAACCCGCUAGUAGGGUUAACGCGGUCAAUAGUUCCAUUUCAGGAACAGAAGCGAACAACACGUCUGUGAACGUAGUCAACGACAGAUCGCCUAGUCCUGGAGGAAAGGAUAAACAAGUCAAUCGAAUGAUAUCCGACUUGAUGGCCUCGCAAGAUCACAUAUUAAACACUGUAACAAAGAGGUUUGCCGAUAUGAAUUUGUCGAAGCCACGUUUGAUAACUGCGUCUCCUAACACCAGUCCUACGCUCUCUGGUUUUAAGGGAACAGUCGAGAGUACAACCGUCGAAAAGCAACCAUCGUCUCCCAAAUUGCUUGACGAAACGCCAACACCAACGCCUACAGCCACGCCAAGCCCGUUAGAGAACGAGAGUCACGACAAGCUGCAAACUGGCCCGACAAUUUUGCACUACGCUAGUCUCGAUCUUCCCGAGAUCGGAAGCACGGCGCCAGUCUCGCCGGCGUCGCAGGAGAGCUUCAAUUACGCCGAAAUCGAUUUCGAUAAACUCAAGCAAAAUUAAAACGUUUCGUCUUGAAUGCAGCAUGGUUACAGAAAUGGGCAAAAUUUUAUUCGAUUAAUCAGUGGCGCAUUAUACGUUUAUGGGGCUCGAGACGAAAUAGAAUUUUGAGUCCCACCUAACUAAAAAAAACGAAACAACGAAUUAAGAAUAUUUUUAAAUUUAGUCUCAUUUAUCGAGGCAACAAUAUAAACGAAAUAUACAACUUAAAUGAACCGUUUAACUCAGAAAUAAUACACGUGUCUUUACUUAAUUUAAUAAGUUGUUUUACUUCUCUGUUUGGAAUUACGUGGUUCCGAACUGAGAAAUUAUACAUUAGUUUUUUUUUUUUUUGUUAUACUAUUUUACACUUUCCUUAACCAAAGGAAUUUCUAACAUGAUUUUUAACUUUUUUAAGGUCAUAGAACGACUGUUCUGCUAAUGUGUUUGUAAUAGAAGUUAACAAAAAUGUUGUUUUAUUUUAUUUUUACAUUAGAAAAUUCAUUUUUAAAAAAUAUGUUACAUAUAAAUAACAAGAAUGAGUUUUUGAAACUCGUGUCGCCUAUAAAAUAAUGCGCCACUCGGACUAACAUGACGAAUAAAAUCAAGUGUAUAGCAAUUUAUUCGUAACGUUAAUUCUAUCGAUCGAUUACUAAGAUAAGUUCGUUCAAUGCGAGAUAUAAAAUAGUCCAUAACGAAUAAAAUGUUAAUUUCUAUUUAAUAAGUAACGAAUGAACAGUUAUUUAUCUUUUAUUCGUUACCCGAGACUUUUAUUUAAAUAAGAAUUUUGUCCAUCUCUGGUGUAUUAGCUGUAUCGGUGUACAGACCAAAGAUCCAAUGCAACCGAAGCAUGUAACGCUCGAGUCUCGUAUAUACUAAUAUACCCCAAAUUCCUAGCACGUGUGCCUUCGAUUGUCUUGGCUCUUUAGGUUGAAUAAGGUUUGAUACGUAGGUCACGUAUCGUGGGAUGCUGGAUUGGCUCAUUGCCUUGUCUGUUCUCGACGAUAAUAAUGACCAAACAGAGCAAUCGAUCGGUCUAACAUUGGCUGAGUCGGAUUAAUGAGUUAGCAGGGUGUCGGAUGCGAACUGUAAAUACUAAAUUCUUUUUAUCCCAAACCUUGAGUCGCGGUCGUUUUAUCAUUCUUGCAGUCCUGACUUUCCGAAGGCAACAUUAGUGCCUAUACUUCUGGUUACAUUGUAUCGGAUAUUGUUAAUUGUGGGAACGAGUUUUGCGAACUUCAUAUGUUCAGGAUAUUGAUUUAUACUUUUCAUUUCUUUUUUUUUUCUUUUUUGUUAAGCGAAAAAUAUUUUGAUAAGAUUUAUAUCGAUAUUGCCGGUGAGUUUGAAAUUUUAUCUCGUUGAAGUUGUUUUAUUGAUCGAAUAUUAUCGCGAAGUAUUCUUACGAUUAAUAAGCUCGGAACGUUUUCGAUUCGAAGGGAAAAAUAUCGAAUAAUAUUUAUCGGUGAUUUUAAAUGUAUUUCUUUUUUCUUUUUCCUUUUUUUUUGUUUCUUUUUUUUUUUAGAUGUUAUAGCAAUUAACGCAAGUGGUAUUAUUAAUCAUGUUAAUUUUAGAAAAUUCGUGUAGAAAUCGUGUGAAACGUGGGACACGAUACGCAACCAGAAACAUGAGUACUAAUCGCGAGCACACGAGAGUAGCGUUGUUUCUUCACGGGGGUGGGGUUAUGUGUUACUAGCCAAUGUUGGAUCGAUACAAGUCACAGAACUCCUAUUCGUAACGGAACGGCUCUCGAAAGUGAAGUAUACAUAUGUGUUAUCACGCUUUUUCGUAUAAAUUAUGAGUUGCCGAAAUUACAGACAGAUUCGUUCACGUGUACCUACAACUUAGGUGCGCGCGCGCACUGACACGUCACACACAAAUACACACGCAUUUACAGGGUAUUCUGUAAAAGAUUGUACAAUCGAAAAGAGAGAGACGAUUGGUUGUGUAAAAAAAAUAAAGUGUAACCACUCUUACAACGUUGUUACUGA